UCAUGCAAAUAGGCCCAAGCCCCUGACAGCUGCUCCUCAGGCCUCCAACCCUAAACCUUGUCUUCCGUCUCUGAGCUCGCCUGGGCCUUGGGCGGCCUGACCCCCUGACUCCUGCUCUCACAGCUCCACCAGGACACCGUGUGUCAUGGGAGCAAGAAGGGGCCCGACCCCAGGCCGGGAGUGGGGGCUGGGGGCUCCCUUCCAUGGAUAAUCCAUCCUCUGCCCACAGAAGGGGCAGGCUCUGCCAGCCUUCCCGUGGGUUCCCUGUCCCUGUCCCUGUCCCCCCUCCACCACCACCACUGCUGACCAGGAUCAGACCCAGGGGCAGCUGGUUGGGGUUUGUCGGGAAGAAGGAUUAUCCAGCUCAGUCCCCUCUAAUCUCAGCUCCUGCCCGAACCCUCCCAUGUUCCUAGCCUUCUCCCCCUCCACCUGAGCUAAGGCACACAAUUGAGGGUAAAUGACAAUGGGGCCACCCAGCACCCUCGAAUCCUGGCUCCUGGUUGCUAAGUGGCUCCUGGCUGCCAAGAUCAGCACCACUGGUGGGGGCCAGGGCCUCAGGGCCACUGGAGCUGCGGUCGCUCCUGCUCCUUUGCGCCCCUCCCGAGCCCCAGCCCUUAAUCCUCACAGCUUUGCUCUAAGCCCAUGGGGCCUGAUGCUCUUAUGUCUGCCUGCAGAGACGGACCAGGGGAGCACCCCCUUCGGCCCCUCCCUCUGGGGCUGCUCCCCGCUCCAGCCCCCUACUCCUGCUCCACCCCUGCUCCGGGCUGGGCCCCAGUCUGGCAGCACACAUGUCCCUCCCUCCCUCCCUCCCUCCCAGUCCUGGUCCCCACCCUGGGCAGCUGAUCUCAUUUGCCUGACGUCCUCGUCCUCGUUGGCCCUACCCUUCCCCUGUCAGUACCCCCCCGACCCCCCCAGCCGGGGCCAGGCCAGGCCAGCUCCUCUGGCAGCAGAGCUGGGGCAGGUGACAGGCAGCGGGUGUCGCAGCCGAGGGAGUGAGGAGGCGCCUGGGAACGGAGCUGGAAAACUGGGAGCCGUCCAGCCAGAGCCCAAGAGCCGGAGCUACCCCUUGACCGGUCAGCCAUGGGGGAGAUGGAGCAGCUGAGACAGGAAGCAGAGCAGCUCAAGAAGCAGAUCGCAGACGCCAGGAAAGCCUGUGCUGAUAUUACCUUGGCAGAGCUGGUGUCUGGCCUGGAGGUGGUAGGACGAGUCCAGAUGCGGACCCGGCGGACACUAAGGGGACAUCUGGCCAAGAUCUAUGCCAUGCACUGGGCCACUGAUUCCAAGCUGCUGGUAAGUGCCUCCCAGGACGGGAAGCUCAUCGUGUGGGACACCUACACCACCAACAAGGUGCACGCCAUCCCACUGCGCUCCUCCUGGGUCAUGACCUGUGCCUACGCCCCGUCAGGGAACUUUGUGGCGUGCGGGGGGCUGGACAACAUGUGUUCCAUCUACAGCCUCAAAUCUCGUGAGGGAAACGUUAAGGUCAGCCGCGAGCUCUCUGCUCACACAGGUUAUCUCUCCUGCUGCCGCUUCCUGGACGACAACAACAUUGUGACUAGCUCUGGGGACACCACGUGUGCCUUGUGGGAUAUUGAGACGGGGCAGCAGAAGACUGUGUUUGUGGGGCACACGGGUGACUGCAUGAGCCUGGCUGUGUCUCCCGACUUCAAACUCUUCAUUUCGGGGGCCUGUGACGCCAGCGCCAAGCUCUGGGACGUGCGGGAGGGGACCUGCCGUCAGACUUUCACUGGCCACGAGUCGGACAUCAACGCCAUCUGUUUCUUCCCCAAUGGAGAGGCCAUCUGCACUGGCUCGGAUGACGCCUCCUGCCGCCUGUUUGACCUGCGAGCAGAUCAGGAGCUGACCGCCUACUCCCACGAGAGCAUCAUCUGCGGCAUCACAUCCGUGGCCUUCUCCCUCAGUGGCCGCCUGCUCUUCGCAGGUUACGAUGACUUCAACUGCAAUGUCUGGGACUCCAUGAAGUGUGAGCGUGUGGGCAUCCUCUCUGGCCACGACAACAGGGUCAGCUGCCUGGGGGUCACAGCCGACGGGAUGGCUGUGGCCACUGGUUCCUGGGACAGCUUCCUCAAAAUCUGGAACUGAAGAGGCUGGAGGAAGGGGUGUGGACGGCCAUGAAGACACCCAGCUGCCCCUCCCACACCCAAUCUCAUUCAGAUUCUCUCUCCUCUGUCCCAGAUGCCACUGCUGCUCUCUCCUUUGAGGGCAGGGGGGAAUAUGGGGAGUGUGCCUUUGGGAGGUAGCAUCAGGGACACGGGGCAAAGAACUGCCCCAUCUCCUCCCACGGCCCCUCUCUCCAUAGUCCUCACAGCCCCUCCCUUGCCCAGCAAAGAAAACAGCCCCUCCCCAGCCUUUGCAGGCCCAGCAGGCCCAGCAGGCCCAGCGUAAGAGCCUUGCCCUAGGAUUCCUCCCCAGAGCUGCUCCUUUGUCCAGGUCUGGGUGGUGUAGGGCACUCAGCCCCGUCACUGUGACUCUGGCAUCACGAGGCGCCUGGGUCCCUUCUCCUUUUUCUGCCAUUUGCCCUCUCUCCUAUGGCACCUGCAAUAAAGUAUAGCAGUCUGGUA